AAAUUAUGUCCCUUUUCAGGUGGUUCGCUUUUUCUUUUUGAUCGGAAGGUGUUGAGAUAUUUCAGAAAAGAUGGUCAUAACUGGAGGAAGAAGAAAGAUGGAAAGACAGUGAAGGAAGCGCAUGAGAGGCUCAAGGCAGGAAGUGUUGAUGUGUUGCAUUGCUACUAUGCCCAUGGAGAAGAAAAUGAAAGUUUUCAAAGGCGCAGCUAUUGGUUGCUUGAAGAGGAGCUCUCACACAUUGUUCUUGUCCACUACCGAGAAGUAAAGGGAAAUAGGGCAAACUUUAACCGCAUUAAAGAGGCUGAAGAAGCUAUUCCCAAUUCCCAAGAAAGUGAAGAAAUUAUACCCAAUUCCGAGGUGGACAGCUCUGUAUCUUCUACAUUUAACCCAUACAGCUACCAAGUAACUUCACAAACUGCAGAUACAAUGAGUCUGAACAGCACUCAGGCCUCAGAAUAUGAAGAUGCUGAGUCAGUAUAUAAUCAUCAAGCAAGUUCGGGAUAUCACUCUUUUCUUGAGUUACAACCAUGUGUAACGGAGAAGAUGGAUGAUGGAGUCUCUGCCCCUUAUUAUCCAGUGCCGUUCUCACAUGAUUAUCAAGGAAAGUUGCCUGCUAUUCCUGGGAUGGAUUUUGCCCCACUCGCUCUAGGAGAUAAGGGCAAAAACAAUGCCAAUGUUGCUUUAACAUAUGAGCACCAGAAACACCUGGACUUCCCAUCAUGGGAGGAUGUAUUGGAAAACAGUGGUCGUGGAAUUCAGUCUGUCCCUUUUCAGCCAUCAAUUUCCUCUAACGAACCUGAUUCCAUAGGUGUUAAUCCUGGACAAGCAAAUGAAAUACGAGGGCUCAUUUUGAGAGACGGCUUUGUUAAAAAGCAGGAGGUUGGGAUUUACCCACAUCGGCAAGUUGAGUGGCAGACUUCUGAAGGUGAUUCUUCUCAUGUAUCCAAGUGGUCAAUGGAUCAGAAGUCGUAUCAGGACUCGGAAUAUCGUCUCACCACUGGGCUUCAUGGAGGAGUUAAUUGUGUGGAUUUACUCAAAUCUUCAGGGCCCUGUCAGACGCAUCCUGCUCAGAAUAAGCAUUAUGCACAGAAUGACCUUCCAAUACAGCGCACAUAUACAGAAGGUGGAAGUGCUCUGAAAUCAGAAUUAGAGAGAAAUCUGACAGUAGAGGGAAAAGCUGAACAACUUCCUUUGAAACAGCCUCUGUUAAAUGGCUUUGUACGGGAAGGUUUGAAGAAGCUUGAUAGCUUUGACAGAUGGAUGAGUAAGGAAUUGGGAGAUGUGAACGAAUCGCAUGUGCAUUCCAGCUCGGGAACCUACUGGGAGACUGUUGAAACUGAAGAUGGAGUAGAUGAUUCCAGCAUUUCCCCCCAAGUGCACUUAGACACUUAUAUGCUGGGUCCCUCUCUGUCGCAAGACCAGUUCUUUAGCAUUAUUGAUUUCUCACCAAACUGGGCAUAUGCAGGUUCAGAGAUAAAGGUAUUGAUUACGGGAAAAUUCUUGAAGAUUCAACAAGAUGUGGAGAAGUGUAAGUGGUCAUGUAUGUUUGGAGAAGUAGAAGUUCCAGCAGAAGUUAUAGCGGAUGGCGUACUUCGUUGCAUUGCUCCAUUACACAAGGCUGGGAGGGUUCCUUUUUAUGUAACGUGUUCCAAUAGGUUAGCAUGUAGUGAGGUGCGAGAAUUUGAAUACAGAGUUAACAACAUUCAAGAUGUGGAUGUACCGGAUAUCUAUUGCGGCACCAUGAAUGAAAUUCUUCUUCGUAUGCGAUUUGGAAAAUUGUUGUCUGUGGAAUCUGCCAGUUCCCCAAGUUCUAUUUCCAGUACUCUAGGCGAGAAUUCCCAUUUGAACAGUAAAAUAAGCUCACUACUAAAAGAAGACAACAAUGAGUGGGAGCAAAUGUUAAAGCUUACUUCUGAAGAUGAAUUCUCCCUUGAGAAAGUGAAGGAGCAGCUUCUACAAAAGCUACUGAAGGAGAAGCUGCAUGUAUGGCUGCUUCAGAAGGUUGCUGAAGGUGGAAAAGGCCCUAGUGUAUUGGAUGAGGAAGGCCAAGGUGUCCUACAUUUUGCAGCAGCACUUGGUUAUGAUUGGGCUAUACGUCCCACACUAGCUGCAGGUGUAAGUGUCAACUUCCGUGAUGUGAACGGAUGGACAGCACUACAUUGGGCAGCAUCUUGUGGCAGAGAGCGGACAGUGGCUUUUCUCAUUUCCCUAGAUGCAGCUCCUGGAGCAUUGACAGACCCUACUCCCAUAUUUCCUUCUGGCCAACCACCAGCUGAUCUAGCUUCCAGCAAAGGGCACAAAGGGAUUGCUGGUUAUCUUGCAGAAUCUUCCUUGAGCUCUCACCUAUCAUCACUUAAGUUGAAGAACAGUUCAGGAGGUGAUGCUGUACAAACUGUUUCAGAACGAACUGCUACUCCAAUCAGUGAUGGAGACUUGUCACAUGGACUGUCACUGUCCCUGAAGGAUUCAUUAGCUGCUGUCUGUAAUGCUACUCAAGCUGCUGCUCGCAUUCAUCAAGUUUUUAGGGUGCAGUCAUUCCAAAGAAAGCAGCUCAAAGAGUAUGGUGACAAUAAAUUUGGAAUGUCAGACGAGUGUGCUCUUUCACUUGUUACCGUCAAGACAAGCAGGCUGGGCCAACAUGAUGAGCCAGUACAUGCUGCUGCUAUACGGAUACAAAAUAAAUUCCGUAGUUGGAAGGGCCGAAAAGAAUUUUUGACAAUUCGUCAGCAAAUUGUGAAAAUUCAGGCCCAUGUGAGAGGACACCAGGUGAGGAAGAAUCAUAGAAAGAUAACCUGGUCCGUUGGAAUUUUAGAGAAGGUAAUUUUACGGUGGAGACGGAAAGGGAGUGGUUUGCGUGGAUUCAAACAGGAAACACUCACGCAAGGCUCUAGCAAGCAAGAUACAUCCUCCAAGGAAGAUGACUAUGAUGUCCUGAAAGAAGGCCGAAAGCAAACAGAACAACGGUUGGAAAAGGCCCUUGCUAGGGUGAAGUCCAUGGUUCAGUAUCCAGAAGCAAGAGAUCAAUACCGUAGGCUGCUCAAUGUUGUCUCAGAGAUGCAGGAAACUAAGGCUGUGUAUGGUAAGGUUCUAAACAGUACAGAAGAGAUAGCUGAUUUUGAUGAUAUGAUUGAUCUUGAAGCAUUUUUGGAUGAUGAUACAUACAUGCCUACAUCAUCUUCAUGAUUGGAUUGGACCUCGCUCUCUUUCUCUUUCUAGCUCUUGUAAAUGGUUGGGUUGGCAUCUGCCUCUCUAUUGACUCUCCUAGAACUUAAAUAACAAUAGGGUUGUAUUGAUAAUUCAUUUUGUAAAUGUUGUACACUACACUUUGAUCCAUUUGACCUCCCCUCUUAAUACGUCCAGUGUGUGUUAGGAAUUGUUGCAGUUACAAGCUGUGGUGCUAAUGUGAAGUUUGUGCUCAUAGUUUGUUCACUACAGAAGCUAACAAUAUGUGGGCUCAAUUAACUGGACUCGAAAACCUUUUGGUUUUAUGAACCCUCACUGUUCUGAUUA